AUGCCAAAGAAUGACGAACCCGAUAUUGUCUUCUUAGAAAGAGACAGUCACGGUGUCAGGCAACCCCAUGACGAUUCGCUGGUAAUUAUGCUCAGAGUAGAAGAAUUCAACAUCCACUGGGUGCUCAUUAACAACGGAAGCUCAGUAGAUAUCAUCUACUUGCCCACAUUUCAACAGAUGAAGCUGGACAAGAAAAGGAUCAGGCCUUUCACCUUGCCCCUAGUAAGUUUCACAGGGGAUAGAGUCGUCCCUAAGGGCAUCGUCUCUCUAACUGUGAUCUCAAGAACUUACCCAGCACAGGUCAACAAGGAAAUUGAUUUCGUCAUAGUUGAUUGCCCUUCAACAUACAACAUCAUCUUGGGAAGACCUACACCCAACAGGCUAAGAGCAGUGACGUCAACAUAUCACUUGAAGGUGAAGUUUCCAAUAACCCAUGGAGUAGGAGAAAUUAGAGGAGACCUAGUUCUAGCAAGAGAAUGCUAUCAAGCUACCUUAGCAUCGAGAGAGAACCAUACAUGGAUGAUCAAUGAACGAGAACCCAUUCCCGAACCGUCAGAAACAACACAAGAAGUUGAGGUCAUCCCAGGAGAUUCGACGAAGGUAUUGAAGAUCGGAACAACACUCCUAACUUCAGAGAAAGAGAAAAUGAUCUCCUUCUUAAGGGCAAACCAAUAUGUUUUUGCUUGGAAACACGAGGAUAUGACCGGGAUUGAUAGGAAGAUCAUACAGCAUCGUCUCAACGUUAACCCAGAAUACAAACCUGUAUAG